AUGGCUAUGGUGUUGCAUUAUGUGGACGACAAAGGGCAUGUAAUUGAAAGGUUUGUGGGGGUUCAACAUGUUACCGACACCACUUCAAGUUCACUAAAGGAUGCCAUUGACAUAUUCUUUUCUUCCAAUGGUUUGAGCUUUUCCAAGUUACGAGGACAAGGUUAUGAUGGAGCUAGCAAUAUGAGAGGUGAGUUGAAUGGCCUUAAAACAAAGAUUUUGAGAGAACAACCUUGUGCCUACUAUGUUCAUUGCUUUGCUCAUCAACUUCAACUAGCACUUGUUGCCGUAGCAAAGAAGAAUAUUGAUAUUGCCUCUUUCUUCACAACCACUAAUAGUGUGGUUAACCAUGUUGGAGCAUCGUGUAAGCGGCUUGAUGCACUUAGAGCACAACUCCAAGAAGAACUUGUGAUAGCUUUUGAAAAUGAUUGUCUUAUAACGGGGCGAGGUUUGCAUCAAGAAACAAGUCUCAAAUGUGCCGGUGACACACGAUGGAGCUCACAUUACGGUACCAUUAUUAGCAUCAUUUCUAUGUUUUCAUCUGUGAUUCAUGUGCUUCAAAUGAUUAUUGAUGAUAAUCCCAAUGAUAGUGCCGGUGAAGCAAAUAAGAUUCAAAUGGAAAUGCUUACUUUUCAGUUUGUGUUUCACCUAUUCUUAAUGAAGGCUAUAUUGGGACUCACAAAUGAUGUGUCACAAGCAUUGCAAAAGAAAGAUCAAGAAAUUGUGAAUGCAAUGGCUUUGGUGAAAUCAUGCAAGGAAAAGCUACAUUGGAUGAGGAAUAAUGGGUUUGAUGCAUUGGUUGAAGAGGUGUCUUCAUUUUGUGACAAACAUCAUAUUGAUGUUCCUAACAUGGAUGAGGCCUUCGUACUUCCAAGGAGGUCAAGGCGUAAUGCUCCAAUAAAGACAAAUCGUCAUCAUUAUCGUGUGGAGCUCUUUAUUUAUAUCAUUGAUGAGCAACUUACGGAGUUAGAUGAUCGUUUUAAUGAGGUAAAUACUGAGUUGCUUAUUUGUUUGGCAUGUUUGAGUCCGAAUGAUUCAUUUGUAGCUUUUGAUAAACAAAAGCUACUUUGUCUUGCUCAAUUUUAUCCUCAAGACUUUUCGGAUGGGGAUCUUUUGGCACUUGAUGAUCAACUUGAGCUUUAUAUUCAUUAUGUGAGUUCGAGUAGUGAUUUCUCUGACUUGCAAGGGAUUGGUGAUCUUACAAAAAAAAUGGUGGAGACAAGGGUGCAUCGAGCAUUCAAUUAUGUGUAUUUGCUUAUUACAUUGGCUCUAGUUUUACCGGUUGCUACUGCUUCAGUCGAGAGGGCAUUCUCCGUCAUGAAUAUUAUCAAAGGUCCACUUCGGAACAAAAUGGGAGAUCAAUGGUUGAGUGAUAGCUUGCUUGUUUAUGUUGAGAAGGAUGUUUUUGAUUGUAUUGAAAAUGAAGCUAUAAUGCUACGUUUUCAAAAUAUGAAACCUCGUCGUGGCCAAUUGUAA